AUGGGCAAUGGAAAUCAUUCUACUGCAGCUGUGUUUGUGUUGGUGGGAUUAACACAGCAGCCAGAGCUCCUGCUGCCCCUUUUCCUCCUGUUCCUGGGAAUCUAUGUGGUAACAGUCAUGGGGAACCUGGGCAUGAUCCUGCUCAUCACUGUCAGCCCACUGCUGCACACUCCCAUGUAUUAUUUCCUCAGCAGCUUAUCCUUUGUUGAUCUCUGCUAUUCCACUGUCAUUAUACCCAAAAUACUGGUGAACUUUCUUGGGAAGAAAAAUUUGAUCUUUUACUCUGAAUGCAUGCUCCUGACUGCUAUGGCAUAUGAUCGCUAUGUGGCCAUCUGCAAACCAUUGCUGUACAAUGUGGUCAUGUCUUCUAGACUCUGCUCACUGUUAGUUCUGAUUGCCUUCAUUCUAGGCCUUUUGUCUGCCAUUGCACAUACAAGUGCUAUGAUGAAACUGAGCUUUUGUAAAACCCACAUCAUAAGCCAUUACUUCUGUGAUGUUCUCCCCCUCCUCAACCUGUCCUGCUCUAACACACGCAAAAAUGAGCUUCUCCUAUUUAUCACUGGAGGGAUCAACACCUUGGUGCCCAUCCUAGCUGUGACCAUCUCCUAUGUCUUCAUCUUUAACAGCAUCCUUCGCAUCAGGUCAUCAGAGGGCCAGUCCAAAGCCUUUGGAACCUGCAGCUCUCACCUCAUGGCUGUCAGGAUCUUCUUUGGGUCUAUCAUCUUUAUGUAUUUCAAGCCUUCUUCAAGUACCUCUCUAGAGCAAGAGAAGGUGUCUUCUGUAUUCUAUACCAUAGUGAUCCCUGUGCUGAACCCAUUAAUAUAUAGUUUGAGGAACAAAGUUGUGAAGAAAGCCUUGGGCAGAUUUUUGGUGGGGAGAUAA